UUAUCUUGGCUAUUCGUAGCCUUUCAAGGCGACCAAAUAUAGUAUCGCCUCAACAAAACCUUUCAGUUCAAUAUUAUCACCGCGGAGCUUGUAAAGUCGACUUUGACCAUUUCUUAGUUUCUUUUAGAGCUGGCCACGUAUUCACCUCGGAAAGCGUGAAGUUGACUACUCCAGAAUUCUGAUCCCAACUCGGAGUCUCGUACACAAAAAGAAAAGUUAUUCUCAGCUUUCAAAAAUUUUGAAACCAACUUGAAAAAUUCUCAGUUGCCCAAUCCAAGUUUUUGCCUCAUCUUUCUCCUUCUGGGGUUUUCAACUUGUCUGGGGUUGUAUUAGUUCUGGGUUUUCAUGGAAAGUCCAGAGGACUUGUGUAACAUAGAGGAUGAUGAGGACGCAAGAAAGGCCACAGCUUGCACAUCUUCAGGUAGCCCAGGAGAGUCAGCUUACCGAGGCACAAUCCACAGUUUUAUGGGUGGAGGUAAAGCUGCUGAUAUUCUAUUGUGGAAGCGGCGGACUGCUUCUUUUGGUGUCAUUGUUGUUGCUACAGUUGCAUGGCUCCUAUUUGAGCGGUCUGGAUUAUCAUUCUUAUCAAUUUGUUCAGAUGUGUUGCUGAUUUUAAUCAUACUAUUAUUUCUUUGGGCCAACUAUAACGUUAUCAGAGAUAGACAAUUACAAACAUUACCGGAGCUAGUAUUAUCAGAGGAAAUGGUUAAUAAUGCUGCAGCAUCAUUUCGUGUUAAAAUCAAUAAUGUUCUGCAUAUGGCUCACGACAUCACUCUUGGCAAGGAUUUUAGACUUUUUUUCAAGGUGGUGGUCUGUAUGUGGCUCUUGUCUGUCAUCGGUAGCUACUUCUCUUUCUUCACUCUUGCAUAUAUUGGAACCAUCAUAUCAAUUACAGUUCCUGCGUUGUACAGCAAAUAUGAGGAACCUGUUGAUAGGUGUUGCGGAAUAAUCCAACGACAAUUUUCAAAGCACUAUAAAAUAGUGGAUGAUGGUGUUUUUAGCAGACUCCCCCGGAAUUUUUCUAAGAACAAGGAUUCAUAGUUCUGAAAUUCUAGUUUCAGUAAUGAAUAACAAAGUGGGCUGUUUUGGAGUUGCAGUGGCUGUUCUCAAGUUAUCUGUAUGUUUGUUAUUUGUUAUCUUUUUGUUGGUGGACCAAGACCGAAAUCCUUGGUUCUCUCUGUACGUAAUGGGUGGAAUGCCCAUUCUCUUUCAUUAGAAUUGAUUAAGAAAAUUUGUGAGCUUGGCACAGCCGUGUAGAUUUGGAAGUUUUGAAUAGCCAGCUUUUCUUCUGUUACAUGUUCUUGAAGCGGCUCAGUGGCCUAAACUUUAUUUUGUGAAAACCCCAAAACAGAUGGCUUUGGCCAUGUGGCCUAUUAUCAUAACAAUAUCAGUCCACUGGGAAAAGAUUAUCGACUUUAUGGUUUCCAGCUAUUGCGAUAA